CGCCGGCUAAAGCCCCCUGCGGCCGCCUGCAUUUGCAUGGUUGGUUUUGCGUUCCCCUAUCAGGCUGCCAUCGCCUCCGAAUCUUGGCAUCCGUGGUUUCCAGGAUCCUUCUGCCAAAACUCUCGCAAUCUUCUUGUCGAUCCUGCGACGAAGGCCCGAAGAAGCAAGAUGGCGGCAUAUCACGGGGAGUCGCAACUGGGCUACAGCAACCUCGAGCCCGUCCCCUUGGACAACAACCACUGGAACAUUCAGAUGGGAAACGGCCUCGAAGCGGUUCAGCGGUACGGGAAUCACGAUAAACACGUGGUUUCAACCGGAACCGACAAAAUACUCAUCCAGGCCCAUCCGACAGCACCGGAGGUUGUAGCGGCGGGCGGCUCAUUACCCCAUGUACCUCGGCGGACGAUAUGUGGCAUGGGUCAAAGGACGUUCUGGGUGGUGGCAGGAGUCGUCGGCUUCAUCCUGCUCGCCGCAGCCAUAGGGGGUGGAGUAGGAGGGUCCCUCUCCCGUCAUUCCCAGCCGAGCUCAUCACUUGCAGCAGCCUCGACUGCGAGCACAGGGACCUCCACGGGGAGUCCGGCGCCCACCCCUACGAGAGUCCCUUUUCAGAACCUGAGCAUCGCCGCCGCUCGGUGGGUCGACGGCGACAGCAUCACCCACUACCGUGUCUAUACGCUAUCCGGCAACUCGAGUCAGACACGCAUUUUGGAGUCUGCGCGGGACCAGGACGACGGGGACUGGACAGUCUCGGCGAUUACGGAUGUGAACGUCGACACUGUCCAAGCUGGGACGCCACUUUCCGUGUCUGUCGGAUAUCCGCAUACAAACACGAGCAAGGUCCCGGUCAGGAGCGUCUACUACCUUCAACCCGGCGGAACCAUCAUCGAGCGGCAAACACCAUACAAGGAAGCCGUGGGUGUCUGGGGAGACGACAACUUCAGCGGCCUCUAUGCCGCGUCCAACGGGUCCUCUCUGUUUUCGUACUGGUAUCAGGACCUCGAUCAGCAUCUCCAGGUCCUGGCCACCUUUUUCCAGGAGCUGGGUGUCAACGAGCUGACGAUCGGCCGAUACGUCGAGAACGGCACCAAUGGACAGCCUUGGACGAGCUCCCGAAAGAGUAUCCCAAUCCAGGAUGGGUCCUCCAUCGCGGCCGUACCCGCCGGUGAUGGGCAGGAUAUACGCUUGUAUGUUGGGGGUAGCGAUGGAACCAUCAAACAGUUCGCUUACAAUCUGGAAGAUGAUGUGCUGGGGAACGUCGUCGGUAGGUCACGUCCUGCGCUUUCAUGAUAGGUUACCAUCAGUGUUGUUGACGGCGUGGAUUGCAUGUGGAAACACCGACUUGGGCAUCUCUCCUCGGACACCCUUCUGCGUGACCAUCGAGGACAACCGCAACUGGUACACAACCGCAACCAUACCCGAAUGCACCCAAGGCAGCACCGGCACCUUCCUCACCCACCUGCUCCUGUUUGCCUCGGCGGACCGACAGACCCUGUCGCUGGUGUCCUGGAACUGCUCCAGCGGCUACGUCAGCGCGCAGGACCGCAUCGAGAAGCUCCUCCAGCCGAGGCGUACGUACCUCGGUCUUGCCACGACGUCGGCAAGCAACCUGACGUUUUCGGACCAAAGGGUAUAUGUGCUCUUUGACGACGGUGCCGGCCCGCAGGUCGAAGAGUGGCAGGU